AUGGCGUUUGUGGUUCACGUCGCCAUCGGCCUGAUUUUCCUUACGCUGGUCUGCAUUCAGAUCUACCAGCUUUCCAAGGCCCUCAUGUCACCGCUGAAACGAGUUCCAGGCCCUUGGUAUGCACCCUUCACCAUCUUGCAUCUUUGCUACGGCUUCUCCACUGGCGAGAUUUGGAAGGCCGUGGAGAAGGCUCAUGCCAAGUACGGACCUAUCGUCCGCCUGGGGCCGAGGCAAAUCUGGAUUGCAGACAAGGACGCGCUCAAGGAUAUACUCUUGCGCAUCGACCUGCCAAAGGUGGCCAUGUACUCGGAAAUUUCCAGAGACAAGCACAGCCCCGGGCUCUUUGGAGAGAUCCGCCCAGAGCCUCAUCGUCGCCUCAAGAGGUUCCUGUCACCCGCAUUCACGGUUCAUUACAUCGACAACCUUGAGCUGUACUUCCAGAAGACGGUCCGCGACCUGCUCAACAAGUACGAUGACCGUAUUCGGAUUGAUCCUCUGGCUGCUCAGGUAAACGGCAUCGAGGUAGACCUGAUGGAUGACCUCCACAAUGUUGCCUUGGACAUCAUGGGAGAAUGCUCGUUUGGAAAGGGCUUUGGCCAGACGAACCCCGACUCCAUAGAGGUUGAGCAGGGCGUGGACGAGCGAGUGUGGAAGUCCAUUCCGAGGUCCAUUUUCGACGGCCUCAGCAAGCGCUACCAGACAGUCUACAUCAAGAAAUUUCUGCGCGCGAUCGGCCUCGACGUCAACUUUGACUGGCCCGCCGAGAUGAUUACAGCCAUUGACGCCGUCGUUCAGCGCCGCCGCCGGUCCGAGAAGGGCGACGGCCGCCCCGACCUGCUGCAGCACCUUAUAGAUGAGGGCAAGAAGCCGGACAGUGGCAAGGCGAUGAACACGCGCGAUAUCGUCGACCAAAUGGCCGAGAUCCUGCUGGCCGGCUCCGAGACGACGUCAGGCACUAUCGCCUGCCUGUUCCUCGAGCUCGCCCGCAACCCGGACGUGCGGGCCAAGUUGCUGGCGUCGCUGGCGCCCAAGGGCAUCCACGACGAGAUCGUGGCCAGCAAGCUUAUCCGCGAGGGUGCCGCCGGUAGCGAGUACGAGUACCUCGAGGCCUGCAUCAAGGAAAACCUGCGGCUGCACCCCAUCGCCUCCGAGAUGGGCCGCCGCACCGGCAGCCAGUGGGUUACCCUCAUGGGUUACCACCUGCCGCCGCACACCGUUAUCUCGGCCUCUUACCGCGACCUGCACCGCAACGCCAAGUACUGGCCCGAGCCCAUGCGCUUCUGGCCUGAGCGCUGGUUGCCCGAGGAGAAGCGCUGCGGCGCCCCGGCUCCUGACAUGAACGCCUACUACCCCUUCUCCGCGGGCAAACACUCUUGCAUUGGAAUUAACUUUGCCUGGGCCGAGAUGCGCAUGGUUGCCGCCAACAUUUUCUCCCGGUUCGAUAUCAACGAGGUCCAAGGCCAGGAAAUUGAUUUCCGCCAGUACAUUACGAUGCAGUUCCAUACUGGCCAUUGGCGCGUUGUCCUUAAGCCUCGCAAAACCUCGGAUGUCCCAGAGACUACGGAAGCGAAGCCGUCGUUGUUGGACUCCUAA